CCUCCUCCGCGCGGAAGAUGGCGGCGGAGCGGAGCGGCGCUGGCGGCUCCCCCAGCGGCCGGAGGGACGCCCAGCGGCCGGGAGCCGGCGGGCCGCGGCCGGCCUGAGAGCACCCCUCGGCACCGGGGGACGCGUGCCCUCCGCGAGCCCUGCCUUGCCCAGCCACCCGCCCGGCGGGGCCUCCGUGCUGCAGGUGGAGGGUGUGCUUGUGAGCCAGGCAUUGUUGGCUUUCGCUCUGUGUGCUGGCUUUGGAGCAGAGGUGCUGCUGAAAAGAGCAUGGCUCCUGAGAGAAGCAGCCAAUGAGUAUUUUUCCUUCACCAGACUGCGAUCAGAGGAUGCAAAGAGAAGGUGGCAUCAUGUGAAUGCAGAACAGCUAGGAGAGAAACAGGACACCUGGGAAGGCUGAGCUGAGACUGCUCGUGCUCAGGAUGACAGACUGAUUUGCUGUUCCAAACGGUUCAGGGAAACCUCACUUCUCCAAAAGACUUCCUGAGUGAGAGGAGAGGAGCAGGAGGAAGCACACAAGAGAGCGAUGGGAAUUGAGGGCCAUGGUUACCUGAGAUAAAUGGCAGAUCCUUGGGAGUCUAGCCUUGUACCUGUUCGCCUUCGCUUUGUUUCUCUCCGCAGCUGCUCUUCCUUCUCUGCGAGCUGCUGCUGGGUGCUGCCGCGCCGGCACUGGAGACCUCGGGAGCGCCGUGGGUGCCGCGCGUGAGGAGGGGCUGGGCAGCCCGCCUCACCAUGAUUCAGCUGUGGAAAGUGGUGCGGCAUGUGCGACAGCUGGAGCUGCACAGGUUGAUCCUGCUGCUCAUCGCCUUCAGCCUCAUCUCCAUGUGCAUCCUGGCCUACUACGUCACUAACAGUCCCAAAAUCAAGGAGCCACCGCCCCUGCCCUUCAGUGACUGCAGCAACCAGCAGCGUGUCUUGAUCCCACCGCAAGCCAGCUGGAGGCUCACAAAGUCUGUGGACACCUCACGCACAGAUCCUGUGGUGCUAGUCUUUGUGGAAAGCAUUUACUCCCAGCUGGGGCAGGAAAUAGUGGCCAUCCUGGAAUCUAGCCGGUUUAAAUACAGGACAGAGAUCGCCCCUGGAAAAGGGGAUAUGCCCACCCUGACAGACAAAGACAGAGGACGCUACGCUCUUAUUAUCUACGAGAACAUCCUUAAAUAUGUGAACCUAGAUGCUUGGAACCGAGAGCUGCUGGACAAAUACUGUGUAGAGUAUGGAGUGGGGAUUAUAGGCUUUUUCAAAGCCAAUGAGAACAGCCUGCUCAGUGCACAGCUCAAGGGUUUCCCCCUUUUCCUACAUUCCAACUUGGGGCUGCGGGACUAUCACAUCAACCCUAGUGCUCCCUUGCUCUACGUCACCCGGGCUAACGAGGUGGAGCAGGGUCCCCUGCCUGGUGAUGACUGGACUGUGUUCCAGUCAAACCACAGCACCUAUGAGCCAGUGCUGUUGGCCAGCACGAAGUCCUCAGAGUCCAUUCCUCACCUGGCCACCCACAAAGCAUUGCAUGCCACAGUGGUGCAGGACCUGGGUCUGCAUGAUGGGAUCCAGCGGGUUCUUUUCGGCAAUAACCUCAAUUUUUGGCUGCACAAACUCAUUUUUGUGGAUGCCAUUGCCUACUUGACCGGCAAGCGCCUCUGUCUCACACUUGAUCGCUAUAUCCUCGUUGACAUUGAUGAUAUAUUUGUGGGAAAAGAGGGCACUCGCAUGAAAGUGUCGGAUGUAGAGGCUUUACUGAGCACCCAGAAUAAGCUGAGAACUUUAGUCCCAAAUUUCACCUUCAACCUGGGCUUCUCAGGGAAAUUCUAUCACACAGGUACAGAUGAGGAAGAUGAAGGGGAUGACAUGCUGCUCAAACACAGGAAGGAGUUCUGGUGGUUCCCUCACAUGUGGAGUCACAUGCAACCUCACCUUUUCCACAACGUCACUGUGCUGGCUGAGCAGAUGAAGCUCAACAAGCAGUUUGCUGUGGAGCAUGGGAUUCCCACAGACUUGGGCUAUGCUGUAGCCCCCCAUCAUUCUGGGGUUUAUCCUGUCCAUACACAACUCUAUGAGGCAUGGAAAUCUGUUUGGAGUAUCCAAGUGACAAGCACAGAGGAAUACCCACACCUGCGCCCUGCCCGGUACCGGCGUGGAUUCAUCCAUAAUGGAAUCAUGGUCCUGCCUCGACAGACCUGUGGUCUUUUUACUCACACUAUCUUCUAUAAUGAGUAUCCUGGUGGCUCAAAGGAGUUGGACAAGAGCAUUCGUGGUGGUGAACUCUUCCUGACGGUGCUCCUAAACCCAAUCAGCAUCUUCAUGACGCACCUGUCCAACUAUGGGAAUGACCGUCUGGGACUGUACACUUUUGAGAGCUUGGUGAAAUUUGUGCAGUGCUGGACCAACCUUCGCCUGCAGACAUUGCCCCCUGUCCAACUUGCAAAGAAGUACUUUGAAAUCUUUCCUCAGGAGAAGAAUCCCUUGUGGCAGAAUCCCUGUGAUGAUAAGAGGCACAAGGAUAUCUGGUCCAAAGAGAAAACAUGUGAUCGACUCCCCAAGUUCCUCAUCGUGGGACCGCAGAAAACUGGCACAACAGCUGUGCACUUCUUCCUGACCAUGCAUCCAGCGGUCACUAGUAACUUCCCAAGUCCAUCCACCUUCGAGGAGAUCCAGUUUUUCAAUGGACCCAACUAUCAUAAAGGAAUUGAUUGGUACAUGGAAUUCUUUCCCAUCCCCUCCAAUGCCAGCACAGACUUCAUGUUUGAGAAGAGUGCCAAUUACUUUGACACAGAGGUGGUACCAAAACGUGGUGCAGCCCUGCUCCCUCGAGCCAAAAUCAUUACUGUUCUGAUCAACCCUGCUGACCGAGCCUAUUCGUGGUACCAGCACCAGCGUGCUCACAAUGACCCUGUGGCACUCAAUUACACCUUCUACCAAGUGAUCUCUGCAAAAUCCCAGGCCCCUCAGGAACUGCGCAACCUGCAAAGCCGAUGCCUGCUCCCUGGCUGGUAUUCAACCCACCUAGAGCGCUGGCUAACAUACUACCCCUCUGGGCAGCUUCUCAUUGUGGAUGGUCAGGAGCUGAGACACAAUCCUGCCUCUGUAAUGGACAACAUCCAGAAGUUCUUGGGAGUGACGCCACUGUUCAACUACACCCAGGCCCUCAGAUUUGAUGAAGCAAAAGGAUUUUGGUGCCAGCUGCUAGAUGGAGGAAAGACUAAAUGCCUAGGAAAGAGUAAAGGAAGAAAGUACCCUGAUAUGGAUUCCUUGUCACGGCUGUUCCUAAGAGACUUCUACCACGAGCACAACAUUGAAUUAUCCAAGCUGAUGAACAGACUUGGGCAGCCCCUUCCAACAUGGCUCCGAGAGGAACUGCAGAACUCCAGCUGGAGCUGAGAGGGACUCCCUUGCCCCCAGUGCCACUGGGAUGUGUGGUGCUCCAACAUGUGCUAUGAUGCCAUCUAUUGUCAAGCCAAAAUAACUCGACAAAUGAGCAGGAGCAGAGAAUGUGCAUGUGGAGCCCUUCCCCACCAUUGGGAAGGGCUGCUGCCUCUGACACUGCCCUGGAUAUAGAGUGCAAGUCACAUUCUUGAGUAUUAAUGGUGUGUUACACUUUUGACUUUUAUUACAGGAAGGCUUUGGAAUGCCUGCCCUACUUUUGAGCAGGGGAGAGAGCACCGUAAACACUUCGUUUAAAAUACUCCUCUCAGUAUAUGAAAUAGGCAGUAGCUGGAGGGUCAGCGUGUCACGCCUCUGAGUCCAGAAGUAAAGACUCAAGAGGUGAGCUAUUCAGCCCACUGCUGCGAAAAAAGCAGCAGCUUAAUAGAAGGGGGAAUCUAGUCCAGUGAGCCCCAGCCUGUAAAUAGACUACAAGUCUAUUUGGCAACAGCAAGGUACAAGAGCACCUUGUUCCUCCCCAUGUGGAGUACAGUGGCCAUGAUCAUGAAUUACAGUGCUACCGUGUGUGGCUGAUGGAGACUGCACUUUCUUGGAGACAGAUGUAAUAGACCUAAGAUUUGCCUCUCCUUACCUGCAGCACUGUUGGUCUGAUAGCUUCCAGUGACUGGUCAAUGGGCAGUGGGAGAAAAGGCAAAGCUGUGGCUACUGUCACCGAAUUGAUUUGUUAUCUUAGGGAAAAGGUUGCCAGAUGUGGCAACGUGGCGAGUACUUCUCUGCAGGGACUUUAGACAUUUCAAAAGAUAACCAAGGGAGCAGCAUGUCCCUUUAGAUCACUUUGGAGACGUGUUAGUGCAGCACAGCAGCUGGGGGAGGCAAAGCUCAGGUACUGUCAAAUAAGGCUGAUACAGCUGAAAGCAGACAGUUCAGUUCCCCAUUGUCUGAUCAGCUUAAAAAAAAACAA